GGGGGUGCGCGCGGAGCGCCGUCCGACAGAGCAGCGGAGUUGUGGGCGGGGUGCGUGUGCGGUGGAGAGAGGAGCGGAGCGCGGUCGGCCGGAUUUCAAUGGAGCGAGUCAGGAGCGCGCCGAGAUGCUGAAGUGGACGCUGAGCAAGAGCGGUAUGGACCGCACCUCCUCCGACAGCGGCUCCGGCAGGUAUCAGAUCAAGCGCGCCUCGGUGCGCGUGCUCAAAACCGAGAACGACAAGGAGAACCCCGAACACCUGUUCGGCAGGUGGCUGCACCGGGACCGGCGCGCCGCCGAGCCCGUCAAAAAGGAGGCCGUGCGCAGGGGCAAGGUCAGGUGCAAUCCGUUUGACCCGAGGAGGAUUUUCGGUAAGGAUGAGCCGGAGAGCGACUCGGGUAGUGUGUAUAUGCGAUUGGAGCGGCUGCCGGCGGCGGUGGACGGUCGGCGCCGCGCCGCCCCCGCCCCAGACCCCGCCUCGGGCGGUCUCAGGGAUGUGACCAACACGCAGCGAGGUGACGGGACGCGAAACCCCGGAGAUGAUGCUGCGUGUGGUGUGUCAGGUCGCAAUCAGAUGGCUCUGGGCCGCGUUGGACGCGACUCGACGAGAGACGCGAAUCGAGCCCCCACUCAAAAUUUGUCCCGGGACGCGACUCGAAACUCGAACCGAGGGCUGAGCCGAGACACCGCAGCACGAGCUUCUGGUCGCGGCUCUUCCUCUGUCGGCGAUGUCAUCAAAGAGUUCACCAACAAACCGGGCGCCGGUCGUGACCUGCGGAGACCUGUGGCCCUGAAGGGCGACUCACCCGAGGCACAGCAGCUGACGGAGGAGAAGAGGAGCGAGCGGCAGCUGACGGCGGCCAGGGACGACGGUCGAGAUGUCAAUCCCAGAGCUGAUGCCUCGAGGAACGAGGAAAGGAUAUACGGAGUGAUUCGUGACUCGUCGGCAACUCGCAGCGACCAGCGGAAACCUGUGAAGAAGGCGUGUGUGAGUGCGGGUCGGGGCGCACCAUGCCACGCGCACACCACCACAGGUCAGCACAUACACCACGACUACGGCCAGCGGCCAGUGUCCGGCGCGCUGCAGCUGCGGCUGCCCACCCCGCGACCCACCUGCGCCUCGGGGCACCAGCCAGGUCACGGCUCGGGUCACUCCUCCGGCAGCGUCCCUGUCAGUCAGUCGGGCCGCGCCCUGUCCGUGAUCCACGAGGGAUCGGAGCGGACUCGGCGACCCUCGGGGACCACCGAGGCCGCUGAUCCUGCCGCGAUAGCGACCCGUCACAGCCGCGCCGCAGGAUUCCCGACGUCGCUGGCGGCGCGGCGGACGGCCAGCAGCGUCUCGGCGUCGGGGGCGGCCGCCGGGCAGGGCCGCUUCACGCCACCGCCGCCGCCGUCGUCGGCUCUGUCCCUGACGGAAGCGGUGCGGUACCACCUGACGCCGCAGCUGGCGAAGCUGGACGGCCAGCACAACACGUCCAGCGAGCGGGGCGACAGCGGCAUCUCGGAGGGGCUGGUCAGUCCGCUCAGUGAGUCGCAGGACUCGCACGAGUGCUGGGAGGAGGGCAGCGCGGCCAGCGAGGUCUCCCGCGCCAUCCACGCCCAAGGACUGCCGUCGUUCUAUUUCAGUCGACCGGGGCACCUCAGGACGGACCCCUCCCUGCUGGAGGCGGUGACCGCGCCGUACCCCGGGUACCCCCGCGGAGACCGGUCACGGGCAGCUCCGACCCCGCGCAGGGAGCGGCACGCCCGCCGACCGCGCAGUCACGUAUCGGUGGCCGACGUGCUCUCGGCUCUGCAGCAGCAGCAGCGCGUGGUGGCGAGUCUCCCCGGCGACACAGAGUGCCCCCAGGGGUCGCUGAGGAGGAGCAGGAGCUUCUCCGACGUGUCCACCCUCUCGAGAGACGACCAGACCAGCGGCGGUUGGGGCGAGCAGUUCGCCGAGAACAGCGCCAACACGGUGAUCGAGCGGACGCAGAGGCCACCCAAGUCGGUCCGGUUCGCUCUGGACUCUGACGACCCGAUUUAUCACGAGGUGAACGGGUCGUACGCGGGUAACGACAGCGACGCGCUGCGCCGCUCGCAGCUGUACCGAUCCUACCAGAACAUCGGCGCCGUGUUCGUGGGCAUGGAGAGCUCGACGCGGCCACCGCCGCCCUCCGCACGGCCCCAGCCAGAGGACGAGGAGACUUAUCUGGUGAUGCGAUCGCCAAUAAAGCGGCCCUCGGGCCCGGCGCGUGCCAAUAUCGCGGAGUCGUCUCGCCAUCAGCCGACAUCCGGCCACGUGCGACCACCGUCUGCCGCGGCAGGUGGCUCGUGCGGUGCCGGAAACGGCAGCCGGGGGACCAGGUGCGCCGAAAAACUGGAAACGUCGGAGUCUCCGGCGGUGCUGGAGCCGCGGGGGCCCGGCGGACGCCAGCGGCGGCAGCGCGAGACAGUCACCCGGCUGUCGCUGCUGCUGGAGGAGCGUCCGUCGGCCAUGGAGAGCGACGAGUCGGCCGACUGGUCUCUGGAGGCAGUCAUCAACGACACGCUGCAGCGGGACCUCUCCGAGACGGAGACUGGAGACGCCGACGGCGCCGAGCGCGACGCGCCGGGAGGGGAUGGUGUCAGUGGUGGUGACGGACAGUUUUGGACGGUGGAGAGCGGCGAGCCGUGCAGCGGGGACAGUGGGACGGAGAAGGAGAACACCUACUGCUCGCUGGCGCCGCCAGUCAGUGAUGUGAGCACUCUGGACUCGUGGAGUUCUCACGCGCGGCCGCGCAUGAAACCUCCGCUGGCGGCGCCCCGGGCCCUGCCGCCCCCGCCGCCACCGGAGCCCACAGAGCCGGUGUACGCCCGACUCGACCCGGCCAAGCUCAGCCCGCAGGUGGAUAAGGUGACCUGGCACGGGCCGGGUCGGCCGACCGUGCGCUCCGUCAAGAGCCGGCACAAGUCGCCGGCGGCGGCCGGAGGUCGCAUCUGGAGGCACCCACGCACCUCGGCCGCCAGCCACUCUACCCCGAGGAAGAGGACGGCCCGCCACCUGCGCGACGACUCGAACGACUUUCAGCUCGGCUCGCCGGGCUCGGAGUCGUUCGCCGAGACGCUGGGACCCGGCGAGACGUACAGCAACCAGCUGCAGUUUGCGCGCACGGCCGACUCGAGCCUGGCCACUACCGUUUGGCUCGGACUGAUGGGUAGGAAGAGCCGACGGGUAGUCAGCACACAGCUCAAGACCAGAGACCUGUUCCAGCCCAGAGGUCACCUGAAGCUGCGGAUCUACGAGAACUGCGGCCUGCUCACCGUGCACGUCAUGCGCGCACGGAAACUGCGCUCACGCUCGGCAGAGCUCUGCAACGUCUACGUCAAGGUGUCGCUGGUUCCCGACUCGAGUGAGCGCUCCUUCUGCCGCACCCGGCUAGUGAAACAGACCAACGCGCCCUCCUUUGACGAGCGGUUCUCGUUCGACUUUCUGCCAGAGGACCACAGCAAGAGGCUGCUCGUAUCCGUCUGGCACCGGCACGUGCGACGAGGGCGCAGCGAGCUGCUCGGCUGUAUGUCGUUCGGCGUGUCCAACAUCAUGACGACCGAGAUCAGCGGCUGGUUCCGGCUGCUGGCCGAGUCCAUCGGUCGCAGCCGGCACUUCGCCGUCCGGACCCCCGCGGCAGCGAGAACCAAACCGGCCGCGGUCGCCGCGGACAGUGGCGACUGGCAGGAGCGGACCUGGGAGGAGCCCAGGGCGGUCGAGUCAGCCGUCACCUACCGGCGCCCCGAGGCCAGGUCAGGUCAGCCGCCGGAGGCCGGCUGCGGGUCAGCGGUACAGCCAGAGACGGCGAGGGAGGCAGGCGAGCAGCCCUGGUCUCUCUCCGGUCCGUCCAUAGACCAGGGGGACCAACGGACCACCCACCACCAGCAGCCGGCUCACUACGGCUGGGGCGGCCGGGAGGGCGGGUCAGCCGGCCAGCAGAGGUCGGGAAGGAGACUGGCGCCGGCACCGCCUCCGUCGAGCUCUGCCCCACCGGGAGACCGGGUCACCGGUGGCCACCCCAGCCAGCGCUCCUCGGCCCCGGCGCUGGCCACACACCUGCCCCGGGCAGGGGACGCUCACCGGUCCGCCCCGGGUCGCAGCGUGUCCUGCCAGUCGGUUCAGGAGGCGCGCCGGUCGGUGCCUGUCUGUGAGGACCAGCGGCGGACGGUGGCGGCGGGACCGUACCACAGAAUCACCAUUCAGCGGCGACAGAAGGGCUUCGGCCUGUCGCUGGCCUGGACCUGCCCGCCCAG